AUGUCUAUCCAAACGCACGCCACGCUCAAACUACUGUCUAUCCAAACGCACGCCACGCUCAAACUACUGUCUAUCCAAACGCACGCCACGCUCAAACUACUGUCUAUCCGCACGCACGCCACGCUCAAACUACUGUCUAUCCACACGCACGCCACGCUCAAACUACUGUCUGUCCAAACGCACGCCACGCUCAAACUACUGUCUAUCUGCACGCACGCCACGCUCAAACUACUGUCUAUCCGCACGCACGCCACGCUCAAACUACUGUCUAUCUGCACGCACGCCACGCUCAAACUACUGUCUAUCUGCACGCACGCCACGCUCAAACUACUGUCUGUCCAAACGCACGCCACGCUCAAACUACUGUCUAUCUGCACGCACGCCACGCUCAAACUAUCCACUCAUACAACUAGUCACACUUAUCAAUCGCACGCCGUCGCUCAUAAAUCUCGGGACAAAGCGCUGCGCUCAGGUCUGGAGCAAACGUGGCCCGCGGCGCUGUUGGCUCUAUCACUCACCUGUCGCCGUGAUGGAGAGAGCUCGCCGGUCGCCCUGAAGGAGGCAGGAUGA